CACACACACAAACACAACUCCUCCGCUGCUGCCUCCCACUCUCCCCCUCACCUCGCCGCCUCCUCCCCUUCUCCCCGCCGCCGACGAGGUCCAGACCGUGGAGCCUGCCGCGGCGGCGGCGGCGGCGGCGGCGGCGGUCGCCAUGGAUGCGCCGCGGAGGGAGCGGAGGCACCAACACCACCACCGGAAGGCGGCGGCUCAGGUUCAGGCUGCACCUGCUAUUGCCGCUGUGGGGGUGGGAGCGGGAGGGAAUGGGGCGGCGGCGCGGGCGGCGUACGGGGACGUGUUCGGGGGCCCGCCGAGGUUCGCCGCGCCGUUCGGGGGCGCGCCGGCGGACUACGCCGAGGUGUUCGGGGGCGUGGCGGCCACCUGCUCCAUCCCGUUCCUCGACCUGCCCCCCGUGCCCGCCGUGGGCGCCGACUACGGCUUCUUCGGCCGCGCCGGGGCCGGGGACUACGGGGAGAUCUUCGGCCGCUUCGACUUCGGGGACUUCGCGCUGCCGUACGAGGAGCUGUUCGCCGAGGCGGAGGCGGAGGCGGUGGGGGAGAUUGGGGCGGAGGAGAUCGCCUCGUCGACUGGGAGCUCCUCCAGGUCAUCGAUGAUAAAAGAGUCUAGCCAACCAGAUGCGCAGUCAUUUAUGCUUCCUCAACAUUUCAAGGAGCAUGAGUCUUCUGUAAUUUCCUUCCCUCCAGACAAUCAGCAGUUUGUCAUGUCAUAUAACAAGACUACCCAGAGAUCUGACGAUCUAGUUGAGAUGACUACUGAUCCUUCAAUGGAUUAUGUGGUUGAUUCUUGCGAAUUUCCUCACGUGCCAACAACUAAUCAUGUUGCAACAAUGGAUAGUGGUAUAGAAGCUAAUGGAGAAAAAAGGAAGAAGUCCACCACAACCUCUGCAAGUGUCAGUCUAAGGAGCUCUGAGAGUGAUUUCACAGUUGAUCAGAAGCAGCACAUUCCAGCAUAUCCACCUAUUUCUGAAAAAGUUUCUGCAAAUGAGAAUCACAAGAACUCCAAUAGUAUUUCAACAUCCAGUAAUGGAACACCUUCUCCUGAUUAUGCCUUUCUAAGGGUUUCUGAUGUCAACGUGCAAACACAAACAGUAAAACCACCACCUCCUCUGAAGCAGACAUCUAAAUUGCUUAAGAGGAGAGAGAUUUUAGCAAAAGGAGAUGUCCAUCUUGAAAAUCACAGCUGCCCUCCAGCCUCUUCUGCUCAUGCCCCUUCAAACACCAGCACAUCUCAGGCUGAAAGAAGAGACGAUACUGCUUUGUUUAAUAAUGAGGCCAAUCCCAGUUCUGCUGCAGCUGCUAUGAAGGAAGCAAUGGAAUAUGCAGAAGCUAGGUUAAGAGCUGCGAAAGAACUGAUGGAGAGAAAAGGGGACAGUUUUAAACUUCGUAAGAAACCAAGCCAUCAUAGAAGCACAAGAUCUACAGAAAUAAAGGUUCCUACAGAGUCAGACACAUUCGAUGAGAACCUCUCCGUGAAGAAGUCAACAAAGGAGGAAAUGAACUCUGAGGAUUCGUUGCUGGACAAGCACCAGAAGGCUAGUGCAGUUAGAACAGAUCAUUGUGAUGACAGUGGAAAAAGGGCAUUGUCGCUGGAGAAACCUCAGCAUAUGCAAAGCUGCACUGCACCCAAUCAAACUUCCAGUAAACUAGGUAAGUUAGGCAACUGGACAUCAGGUGAUGAAUUUUAUGAGCUGACUGGAGAAGAUCAGAAACAGAAAACAGAUGCAGCUGUAGGGGAGGAAGAUAAGUGUGAGGUAACAAAUCCUGUCACCAAGCUCAGCAAGGAACAAAAAUGCGAAGUUACUGCAGCGGACUCUGAUUUGGAAAGGUAUGAAAAGCUGUGGGAGGUUAAUGAUGGCAGGGAUGCAGGAGUGAAACAUGUCAAUCCGAGAGAAGAUAAUACAUCUCCAAUGGGGAAAGAUAGGGUGUCUAUGAUUCUGGAAGCUUCUACAGAAAAUAUAGACCAUGAAAAAAUUUAUAACUCUCAUUUUGAGGGUCCUAAAGUUGUGGAAACUUCUAAUGAAAGCCAUGAUGGUGAGGAUGGGGCUGUUGAGAUUCCUUGUAAGAGUGGAAUCACUAUUUCAGAACCAAACUUGAUGAAGGACAUGCACGGUUCAUUCAUGGAGGCUUCUUCACCUGGAGAGUAUGUGGCCGAUUUUGGUAAAGGCACUACAGAGGAAAGUCCAGUAGCAGGAAUAUCGCUGGAGCCUAAAACCACUAAAGAGGAACUUGAGGCAGCAUGUGAUGCUGAGAUGCAAUGCACCACAGGGGAUAGUGAAAAAUUACAAGAAUCUUCAGAAGUCACCAGCAUUGAUAACUCACUGGCAAGACAAAUUAAAUCAUUGAUUCUAGAAGAUCUCGAGGGAUCUUCUGAAACUCAAGCUUUCCCAGGGGACCCCGGUACUGCUGGGUCAGAAGCUGAAACUUAUGGGAGGAACCUUGGUACAACUGGGUUGGAAACUGAAAGUUAUGGGAGGGAAAAGUUCAGUUUUGUUGAAGAAUCAUUCAUGCAUAAUGCAAACAGGAAUGUAACUGAAUCACCCGUAGAAACUCCAAUCCCUGAACAAGUAGAGAAUGUUGAGAUUGAAGAUAGAGUUGGUUCAUGUGCACAUUCUGAAGAAUCAACCGUGGAUAAAGAUUCCGAGUGUCCUGAAGAGGGAAGUGAUAUUACUUCACAAAACAACAAUCUGCCAGAUCAUGAAGAUUCAACUAUGCUAAAUGUAUUUGAGGUGGCCAGCAAAUUGAUUAAAAGAGACCUAGAUCAAGAAAAGCAAGAUACACUACAGCCUGGUGAAGUAGAAACUAGAACUGUCUUGGAUAGUAAUGACAAAGAUACAAAAGAAAACCCUUCAGAAAAUAGUAACACGAUAGGUAGUGAAGAAGUCUUGAGUCACGGUAACCAGGAGGACCAGAAGGUGCCUGAAAUGGAUAAAACCAAAGGACGAAGUGAUGCAAAUGCACAAGUUAAAUUAAGUGGUGUAAACUUUUAUGAAGAUGGAGAUGUUACAAGUGCUGCUAAUAAUGUUACAACUAGAUUGACUACAAAUUCAAAAGGCCAGGCGUCUUCCUCUUCAGAAAUGCUAACUGGCAGACAGCACUUGCCUCAAGAUGCUGGACCUGCUAUUUCUCAGACAUCUAACGGAACUUUCCCUAGUCUUGAAAAGACCGAAGAAGUUUGCAAAGAAGCUGGGAGAGAAUUACCAACAGAUAAAUCUGCUGCAUUUGAAGAUGAGAAUAGCAGGGCAUGCAAAUCAAAGGCAGAGCUAAAGCAGCAACAAUUUCAUUCUGAGAAGAGUAGCAGUUUACCUAAAUCUGCAGAAGGUCAUAUCCCAUCUUCUGCUGAUAUAUCAAGAAAAGAAACACCUGGGGUUCAGAGACUCAAAGAGCAGGGAAGUCUAAGAACAGAAAGGGAAAGAGAGAAGGACAAAGAGGCUUCUCGGAGACUGGAAGAAACAAAAGAAAGGGAUAAAAAAUUUGAGAAGGAAAGGGAAAUUGCUGAAGAGAGGGAAAGAAAAAAACUAGAAGAACAGGAAAGGGAGAGGGAACGGGAAAAGGAUAGACUUGCUGUUGAAAGAGCUACAAGAGAAGCACAUGAGAGAGCAUUUGCUGAGGCUCGUGAAAGGGCAGAAAAAAUAGCAUUGGAAAGGGUUACUGCAGCACGGCAACGGGCUUCUGCUGAGGCCCGAGAAAAAGAAGAGAGAGCGAGUACUGAAGCAGCUGCUGAGAGGGCUGCUAGGAUAAAAGCAGAACGUGCAGCGGUUGAACGAGCAACUGCAGAAGCUCGAGAGAGGGCAAUUGAAAAGGCUAAGGCUGAAAAGGCUGCCGCAGAGGCAAGAGAACGGAGAGAACGGUACAGAUCCUCUUUCAAGGAGAGUUUUAAGUCCAGCAAUCUGGAUAAUCGACAGGACACACAGUUUCAGAGAGCGGUUUCCAGUAACUUAAUGAGAAACCCAGAUUCAUAUAGCAAAGGGCUUGAGGUUGAAUCAGCUUUAAGGCAUAAAGCAAGAUUAGAGAGGCAUCAACGCACAGCUGAGCGUGUGACAAAAGCACUAGCUGAGAAGAACAUGCGUGACCUGCUGGCGCAAAGAGAGCAAGCAGAGAAACAUAGGUUGUCUGAGUACCUAGAUCCUGAGAUCAAGAGAUGGUCAAACGGAAAGGAAGGAAAUCUGCGAGCCUUGUUAUCCACAUUGCAAUAUAUUCUUGGAGCUGACAGUGGUUGGCAGCCAGUGCCACUUACAGAGCUAAUUACAGCUGCUGCUGUGAAGAAAGCCUACAGGAAGGCAACCCUUUGUGUCCAUCCAGAUAAAUUACAGCAAAGGGGUGCUACAAUCAGACAGAAAUACAUAUGCGAGAAGGUUUUUGAUCUUCUUAAGGAUGCUUGGAACAAGUUCACUUCGGAGGAGCGCUAGGAUGGAUGCUGAAACAGCCGAUUUAUUUUCGAGACAGGAAAUUCGUUAGUAAUUAUAUAGCCAUAUUGUUAGUUUGUUAAUUCAAUAUUGGUGUAAAUAUGCAGUUCUAGAUAUCUUGCUAGAUGAUGAUGACGCUCGUCGCUCCUUGAAUCGAUUCAAUAGAAGAGCUUCAUUGCUCCUAGUCUCUUGUCGAAAUUAUUAUACAUUCCUGGAGAGUUCUGCCAUUGUUUUACUUGGUGGCAGAAACUGAAAGGGCGUCAGAAUUCAAAUUCCGGAUUCCCUUUGCUCUUAA